UCGUGCAAAAUACUUCGUAGACCAUAGUUCACCUACGUCCCUAAUUCUCUAAUGAGAAGCGCGUGACAAAUUCUGAAACUGCGGAUAUACUCCAGCUUCUGUAUUAUAUAUCUAGCUAUUUUUUGUUGAUUUGUCUCAUUAAUUCAUUAGAGGAACAGAGGUACUAUGAUAUCACCACAUGGCAUGCGUUUAAAACGAGUUAAUCGUUUACAAGUGACACUAAAGCGCGCAUGUGGAUGAUAAAAGUGGGUGUAGUUUUAUAAAAUAUCAUACAAAAAUGAAUUUAUUUGUUUUGUGGAUAUGGAUGGCAACAGCAAUUUGUGUUAUGGCGGAUACAGCGGAUGAAGAAAACCCUUACAUCAAAGCUUUAAAAAACAAUAAACAGUGGCAUAAUGUCCACGGUUAUGUUCAAGUUCGGCCAGGUGCACAUAUGUUUUAUUGGUUUUUCUUCGCAAAUGGAACCAGGAUUAAUGCGCAUCAUAAACCUCUCAUCAUUUGGAUACAAGGUGGACCGGGAUUCGCUGCGAGUGGUGUAGGAAACUUCGCUGAAAUGGGACCUUUCCACAUGAAUUUGCAGCCGCGUAACCAUACUUGGGUAAAAGAAAGGAACGUGCUGUUUAUAGACCAUCCUGUUGGUACUGGAUUUAGUUAUGUCACAAAUAGUUCACUGUACGCGAAAACGGACAGAGAUAUGGCUAUGGAUUUGGCAAGAGCUAUAAAGAUGUUCUUCAGGAGACACAAGGAGUUUCGACACACGCCAACGUAUUUGUUUAGUCAAAGUUAUGGCGGCAAAAUAUGUCCUAGACUAGCGUAUUACUUACAUACGGCAAUCGAGAAAAAGAGUUUAAAAAUAAACUUUAAAGGAAUCGGUAUUGGCGGUGGGUGGGUAGACCCUAAAGAAAGCAUAUUGGUGCAGCCGGAAUUUUUGCACCUGUCGGGUGGAAUAGAUCGAAAUUUAUAUUUAUCUUCUGCAAAAGUAGCGAAGCAGCUUGUUCGUGCUUUAGAAACAGAGGAUUACGCCCAAGCGGACAUUUUGGAUGAUGUUUUGUUUAGCACUCUGAAUAAACAGGGAGAAAUUAACUUUAACAAUGUGUAUGCUCCCAGCCCAUACCCUGAUUUAGAAGAAUUACAAAACAAGAUGAAUCGAUACGUGAAGCCUAGUUUAUCUAUGGUGAACCAAACAAUAAAAUGGCAAUACUUAUCAACGGAGGCCUAUGAAAGUUUGAAGAAAAGUUUUCUUGUGCCAUCUGUUUCUUUCUUAGAAGCCUUGUUGGAUAAGACAAAAUUGAAGAUAGCGAUCUAUAAUGGAAACUUGGACGUCGUCACUCCAUUGGGUGGUGCUUCUAACUGGGUCCACAAAUUGAAAUGGCAUGGGGCCGCUGACUUUGCUAAGGCCAAAAGAAAGCGAAUACGUGGUACAAGAAACGGGUAUUACAAAGAAAUGAAGAGGUUGAGCUUCUGGUGGGUCUUCGGAGCCGGUCACUGGGUGCCCGAAGAAAAUCCAGAGGCUAUGAAGCAAAUAUUAGAUUACGUAAUGGACGAGACGGUAUAAACAAAAAAUUAACAAAUUCACGUUUUGUUAAGACGAACUAUUGCAUUGGUACAUAUCUGUGGUUUUGUUCAUAAAGUCAAUACAUUUAAUAAUAGUGCAGGAAUGUUUGUACACUAUUAUACGAUUUUCUAUGUGUGUUAUAUGUUCAGGAAGAAAUAAUACUGUGUUGAAGAGAUUUUUACUCAAGGUGUAUUAUUCAAUAAAUGAGUUAAAGGAUAUU